AACAGAUUUAAAAUGGCUACGUCGUCGGGCGGGGGCGACACAGGUAUUGGCACUGAUCAAAUAUUAGACACUGGAGCGGCCUUACUUAAUGAUUUCAUAGUUGAUCGAGUGCGUCGUCAUGGGAGUGAAGACGUGAAUGUGACCUAUGGCGACCUGGGUGGAACAGAGCUGCUUGACCCUGCCCACAAGCAAUUGGCACAAUGUCUGCAGCGAAUAGGAGAUGAACUGGACAGCAAUGUAGAACUUCAAAGGAUGAUUAACAACUCGGCCCUCCAGCCCACGAAGGAGGUAUUUGUCCAAGUAGCCUGCCAGAUCUUCUCUGAUGGGAAGUUCAACUGGGGCAGGGUGGUGGCCCUCUUCUAUUUUGCCUGCCGACUGGUAAUCAAAGCACUGUUGACAAAGGUCCCUGACAUCAUCCGAACAAUUAUAAGCUGGACAAUGGACUACAUCCGGGAACAUGUGGUCAACUGGAUCAGGGAGCAAGGUGGCUGGGAAGGAAUCAAGUCCUACUUUGGGACACCCACCUGGCAGACGGUUGGGGUGUUUCUGGCAGGUGUCCUCACCACUGUCUUGGUCCUCCGCAAAAUCUGAAGAGAAAAUGGAUGAAAAGAAGGGAUUGGGAGCACAGAAAGAACCCUGCAAGAGGCAGAGAAGAGAGAGAGAAAGAAAGAGUGGGAAGGUUCAGAUGUCCUAGUCUUCAGAGUGAUAUGAAGAACCACUCCUCUUCAUCUCUGCAUCACAGAGGAGAGGCCGGUUGGCCGCAUGGCUUUGAGCAAUAACAUGGAAUCGAUAGGAGUGGAGAUUAUCAUGUCUCCUUCCUUUUGUUCUCAGGGAGUGAACCUCUUCAUUUCACUGUCGCUGGAAAAGAGAGAAGCUUGAGCUCAGUCUAGGAGAACAACAUUUAAACUUUGGAAUUCAUUUACAUAUGAAGAAAGAUGCAUUCUUCUUCUUUCACCAAAUCUUCACUUUCCAACAGCCUUUCAUUUCACCUUCCAGCUUUCAUUUAAACCCUUUCCUAUCAGUCAUACUUCUCUCCAGCUACCUCUCUCUUUCCUGUACCAUGGUUUUCCCUACCUCUGUGCUGUGUCAGAGUACUUUGUACUGGUUGAACACAAUAACACCACUUGUGUGUGUGUCAGAGGUACAGAACAUUUGUAUAUUGGAAGAUACCUUUGUCAUUUUUUUCACUUACACACAGUGUAACACUCAGUACAACAUAGUUCAGUACUAUUGAGCAGUCUUAAAGUACUGUCAGUUUACCUCGGCUUAAGAAUACAAAUGCUUUACCACACUGUAAGUAUUUAGACUGAAACCAGAAUUCUAUCCAUAUUUGUAGUGAUUCUCACUUUUAUAAAAUGCUUGUUGAUGGGGUUUUCAAAGUGAACAAGAGCGGACCCUUUGCUGUUAUAAGUUGUGAGUGCCUUUCACGGGUAUUUUGUAGAAGGGGGUGUAUUUCAUGAUAUUUUUCAGUUCUCACCAGCAUGAAAUUUGUGUCUAAAC